ACAAACUUGGAGUGUAGAUGAAAUUUCCGUCAACCGGCACAGAUCAACAUUGUUUUUAGAGCUUGCCCGUGCCACGUCUAAAUGCCGACACUUAUAAAUUUUAAUGGAGUCCUUUGUCACGCCGAUUAUUUUAAGCUACGUUCAGAAAUAUGUCAAUCUUCGUCCACAGGAUGCCCAGGUUUCGCUUUGGGAAGGCGACGCAGCCUUCCAGAACCUGGACCUCAGACUUGACGUGCUGCAGAAUGAGCUCCAGUUGCCGUUUGAAUUCCUUUCUGGCCACAUCCAUGAGCUCAUUAUCCACAUUCCAUGGACCAAGAUUACUUCCGAGCCCAUUUCCGUUACAAUAAACACGAUUGAGUUCGUGCUGAAACUUAAAGACUUAAACAACUCGGCACCACCGAAACCUGAAAAGCCCAAGAACAACCUGCCUGUGGAGGAGGUUUCCAAAGGGUAUCUAAACUCGCUUGUCGACAAAAUCGUGAACAAUGUCUCCAUUACGUGCAACAACAUCAUUUUGAAAUAUGUUGAGGAGGACAUUGUCGUAUCGAUGAACAUCCAACUGCUUUCAUUUUGCUCGGCCGACGAUGGUUGGAAACCUGCAUAUGUCGAUGUGAGCCCUACCAAUGUCGUUUUGCGGAAGUUAGUGCAUGUAUCCGACUUGACAAUCUGCUUAGACAAGAGAAACUCCGCCGGCCAAAUUGAUGUAUGCCAGGAGCCGAUUCUUUACAAAUGCUCUCUGGAAACGAGAAUACUUAUCAGAUUUCCCGCAAGUAUGCCGAAGGCUUCAAUCACGAACAUCGAAGUGUUCACAAGGUCAUUGGAAUUAAAUAUCUCGUCACAACAGUUUCCCAUGGUUAUGCGACUGAUAAUGCUGGUGCUGUCUUUGAAAACCGGGAAACUGCAAGGAAAAUCAAUUGAAAGUGCGCAACUGGAAGCUUCGGAUAGCACUGAGUUCUUGAAUUCAGAUUCAAUGCUAUCAUGGGCUUGGAGCAAGGUGCCGUCCUUAUUCCCGCUGGAGGAAGAUGAUGAGGAAAAUAAGGCAAACUUGGGACCAAUUUUGACUAUUGGCUUAUACAUUGCCCACUUUAAGCUAACUUUGAAAUCAUUGGAAAUAUUUGUCGACAGCAUAGUGCAAAAUUCUAGAAAAAUCCGUUAUAAUCCAAUCGUGAGAUUGUGUUUCAAUGGCAUAUAUUCCGAAACGUUCAGCUACGGAUCGAAAUGGUUCAAUACGAAAGCAGGAAUAUCGCAAGCAUGCAUAGAACCUUUGGGGAUGUUUGCAAUCCGUGGUGGAGUGGAGAACACAAUACUAGUUGCUGGCAGCGGGUCAACAGAUACUUACUUGCAAGGGUCUUUUUUCGAUUCGGAAAACGAGGCCAAGGCAGAAUUGUCCAAAAAGCGUACCGUGCUUGACUUAAAGACACACUUGGAGGAAAUUACCGAAGAUUAUCUAUCGAAGCGAACAUCUGCAAUUGCAUUUGAUAUGGUGCACAUUGUUGAAGUCCCAGAUAGGCAUGCUUUCGACCCAGAAUUGGCCAAAGACUUGGAAUAUAGUAAUUUGCCGGAAACAACUCUUAUUCGUGCAUUUAUUUCGAAUUUGACAGUAAAGCAUAAUUCCGCCAUCCUGGGGGUGAUAAAUGUCGUGCGCGAAAUGGUUAACAGUUAUGACUACCCACCUUACAUAGAAGACAAGUCGGACGAUAGUCCGAGUAAACUCCCGCCUCCUCUGAUGGACGACUACGACGCUCUGAUGGUCAGUAUUCCUUUGAAGACAAUAUCACUGACUUUGAAUAGAUUCAGCUUCGAAGUGCAUCCGCUAGCACAGCCUCAAGCAAUUCAACCCGUCAAAGGUCUUUCCCAUAAGAAGUCGUUUUGCGAUGUAGGCUUGCCCUUCCUAACGCUUCGUAUAAAUCGUUUGGAAUUGCAAAAUGUCGCUCCUAUAUAUGAGAAUCGACUGGUUUACACGACGUGCCAACUCCCCGAUAAACCUAAGAAACUGUUAGAUGCGUGUUACAUGACGGUCGAGGUGGUCGCGAAAAGUAUCCAAUUGUACUUAGUGGACAGUUCUGAUGAAUUCAUCCUGUUUGAAAUUCCGGAUGUGAUAUGCUCUUUCGGCACUAUUCUCAAGGAGCAACACUGGGCUGAUGACAUCGAACAAAUGCGAGGAUCGUGCAUAAUGAGAAGGAUUUGUAUUAGGUUCUCUCGACCACAAGAAAUUUUACUGAUUAGACUGUUGAAAACUUUAUUCGCAUACGAUCGAAAAGCAUUGUGGGCCCUGUCCAAAUCCAAUGCAAGGAACAACCUGGGAAAUGAAAGCUUGGAUCGGUUGGAAGUGAGCAUUCCUAAUGCAAGUGCAAAUUUUUCGAAAUUCCAUUAUACCUGGACAACUGACGGGUCAAUAGAUGCAGUGAAAGCGUUUGUGAUACGUGGAAUGCAGUAUUAUGAUGAAAAUGGAAAAGCGGUCAGAGUGCCCCUCUUCGAAGCGCCGAGGUUGACAAAGUCUGCAGACGAUUUUAUCAGGUGGAAAGUCCAAUUGCCAGUCAGUGCUGAUGUGCAGAAAUAUGCGCUUAUAGUACUGGUGAAGAUACGGGAAUCAACGUUGAUUCUGGACCCGGAGUUGGAAACUAUUUUGUUUUAUGAUGACACCGUUGCGAUGGAAAAUCUUAAUGCAGAAAUAACACAUCAAGAAGUAGAAACUAAAUUAUCGCAUAUUUCGGUCACAUCGGAGCGAUACUCCAAGAAAACAAUUCAGCCUGAUGAAACAAUUCACAUAAGCUCUGAUAAGGAGGAUAAAUUUGAAACAGCCACCACCGAUAUCACUGAAAUGAGUUCAAAUAAAAAUUUCAAUUUCAAUAUACUACCAAAUUUAAGCAAUGUGGUGCUUGGGUUGGAAAUGGAUCAAUGUGAAAUCAUUCUACCUAGAGAGAAAACUAAUUAUGGUCUUGAUAUGUCAAAUGAACACCCGAUAAACAUUGGAAUUGAUUAUCUGCUAAUAAAACUGCCUUCUAUCAAGUGUAAGUCCAGUAAUAGCACGACUCUCAAAUUUGAGGAUGAUUUUCCGGUCCUAAUUGAUGUUAAAACGAAUACGAAUAAAUCAGGAUUUUCAUGGAGUUUCGAGAUAUCGGAACUAUCUGCUUCGAUGAAUGAGAAAGAAGAGCAAAAAUAUAUAAUUGUGCCGAUAAAAACAAGCGUAACGAUCGCCUUUGAAGUUAAAACCGUUUCCAAAGCAUCUAAUUUUGCUUUGAAUUUGCAUUUAGAUACCGCGCCGAUUGUUUGCAAUAUCUAUGAUGAUCAGAUAAUGUUCUUGAAAAAUUCAAUAUUUUUAUUAUCAUCACUUUCAAAUCUACUGACGUGUGCGGAUAUCCCACAACCAAUUACUGUUGCGCAACAACCAAAAGCUUUAGCAGCUUUCGAUGAUGAUUUGGACAUUCGAGAAUUUUUAGCAAUAAACUCAAAUUCCGAACUAUCGCCGGAUGCCGAUUCAACAAGUGCAAAUGAAAAGUCGACAAUCUCAAUCUGGUUGCAAUGGACUUUCACAAAAAUCACUUUGAACUUACUGACAACGCAUAAUUCAGUGAAAUCAAAACUAGUUCUUGACAUCGAAGAUUUUAUCACAAGCAUAGAUCAACAAAAUAUUUAUUUUAAACUUAAAACCAAAAUUGGUGGUCUCAGUAUUCAAUACUUUAACUUGAAUGAAGAACAGGAAUGGAUAGUAAGCGAUGACUUAAAACUGGCAGUUCAAUUGCAAGCAAGUGAAAAUGAGAGACAAGAUGCAUUCCUUGACUUCACUCUAACAGUAGCCGAAGUAGAAAAUGUACUGAAAAAAUGGGGAGCGAAAACUAAAACUGAAAAUCAAAGUACAUUGUCUGAAAUAGUUUUAAAUUUGAAAGCAAUUGAUGUACAACUGAGUGUAAAAGGGAUUGAAGCUGUAUUUCCAUUAUUGGGGUUACUUACAUUGCAACAAGACAGGGGAUUCAAGAAACAGACAAGUAAAGAGAUUGAAACGUCGACAACUGUCCAUUCUGUUGCUGAUCUGCCUCUACUGCACUUCGACUGCAAAGGAAUUGUGGUUUAUAUACCAACAGACGAAACGGAGAAUGAUUGCGAUGUCCUCAUAUUAAAAGUGGGUCAUAUUAAAAUUCGGCCAAACGUUGAUAAUCCUUUAACAAGGAUGCCCAUUCGGCCAGAUGUGUACACCAAAGCAGAACAGUUGCGCAUCUUGAGCACUCCUGGCUCUAAAAUAGAGGAACGACAAUACGAGUUAAUCAUAAGCAAUAUCUCAGCUGUGACAAGUACGUGGAGUGAAAUGAUGUUACUGAUUAAAGAGAAUCAUAGCACAUUUUACAAUACUAACCCUGCAGUUGAAUGGAAUAACUUGGACAAAAAACCAACAGUAAAAAUUGAGGAAAUCUUCAAAAACUUCGUUGUAUCUAUUAUUUAUGCACCUUGCAUUGUGUAUAAGUCCACACUAAUAUGUGGACAGUCUAUUGAGCUAAAUUGCGUCACCGACCUCGACAUAGACAUCACCAUUGAUCAAGUGUUACUCCUCGGUCAAAUAUUCAGGACGGUAGAAAAUUCGAAAUGUAUUUUGUCGCAUAUUGAGGUCCAGAUGCCUUCCAAGAAGCGGAGCAUUAUUUAUUUAAACAAACAAAAUUCACACAAAGGCGAUGGUUGUAAUGAAAAAAUCAAACCGAAAAGCAGUCUUCAAAUCACUCCAUCCACUAGGUAUGGGAGCCUGAUACGGAUUAAUAGAAAUAGUAGAGGCGAAAAAUUGACCUCACAAAUGCCAUCGGAGAACAUUAAUACUGACUCGGGAUUCGCAUCUGUGGAGAAGAGACAAGAGAAAACAUUAAUAAACGAUAACCAUACCAUACCCUACGACAUAUCUAUAGUGGCUGGAGUGUUUUCAUUCAAGCUACAUCAAAAAAUUAGAGAAAUCGAUCAAGAGGGGAAUGCUGACCGAACGAAACUCCAAACGUUACUAAACAUAACGAUCACACAACCGAGCAUGCUUAUCACUCGAAAAUUGUACGAGUACAAUGUGAAGUAUUCGAUAUUCAAUCUGAUGGUAAAGCUUGGUGAAGACGGUAGUCCAGGUGGAUCCGAAAUGCUUUUUGAAACGGAAAGAGGGAAUGUCAAUCCUGCUGGAAUUGCGCCACCUCUUCUUUCUGUAACAUUCCAGAACUCGAUUUCGAAGAAAGUUAACGUUUCCUGUUGUAUCGGACGCCCAAUCAAGACGCAUAUUUGUCAAGGCACAUUCUAUAAACUAUGCAAUAUCAAAAAUCAGUUGAACAGUAUUUUUAUCGAAAACAAAGAGUGCGUAGUUGAAAAGGUUUACAAACCUGUAGUUCGAGGCACAACUAUAAGAAUGAUUCGUAAUACAUUAUUCGACACUGACUCCAUUUGUUUAUCACUGGAUGAAUUUCAAUUUGAAUGCAUUCAUAAGAAACAAUAUGGAGUGAAGUUUCGGAUUAAUAAAGUCAUUCUAAAAGUGGAUAACUUUGAGCAUCCAGAGUCGCUAAGUGGACAUUUCAAAAUAGAAUCGUUGUUCGUUCAGACAAUCAAACAUGCCUUGUUGCAUCCAUUAUCAAUUAAGUGUGAUAUCCAGCUUAAGCAGGAACAAUGGCACAAAUUUCCCGUCGUUAAUUGUAAAGUGGAAACGAAUGUCGCGCAAAUAGACCUUAGUCCGGAGCAUAUUUUGAAUCUAACUGAAAUUCAAAAAAUUAUGUUGGAUACCUUCAAUGAAUGUUUCUCGGGAAGCGAAAUUGAUAUUUUGAAUAAAUCUGAAUCACAGGCAGAUGUAAAUCAGGGCAACAAGUUGGCUUUUGCUGUACCAAAAGUACAAAGGAAACGGAAAUCAGUACAUAAGGACGAAUACUUCCAAGACGAUCUCAGGGCUGGAGCAUUCCAAAUUAUAGAAGUAAAAGGAGACUCAAUUAUGUCAUUACCGCUACCAUACCAAAUGAAAAUAUCCCUUAAUGAUAGAACGAUAUGCUGGCGAUACCCACAACCACGAUGUAUAACCAAACUGCUUCUGUAUCCAAUUUUAAUUGAACAUACAGCUCCAAUAAGCAUAUCAUGUCGUUUUGAGUAUUAUAAUGAAGUACUUGAUGCAUUUGUUCCGUAUUUCGAUUUCGCAUUGUCCGAGACUGAAACUCAGUCACCCGAAAUGCCAGAAGCUAAAAUAUCAGCUUUUAUAUGGAGGGUUGUUAUAAUCCAAAAAAUGUUAAGUUGUCCGAAUCGACUGCAAGCUUCGGAUGCAAUAUCGACUGAAAGUGAUGAAAAUGGAGAAACAGGUGAAUCAGAAACCAUACACAUAGAUGAUUUCUUCCAUUCGGAUGAUGUUGAAUUUAGAAGCGUUUUGCAUCCGAAAUCCCUUAUUGGCUGCAUGCGAAUAGACUCAUCGUUCGAACCGCAAAAGAUACCUAUCCUGCAAUUCGUACUGCGCGUACCCCACUUACAGGUUAAUCUGCAAAAUCAACUAACACUAGAGAAUUUCGAACUUCCGCCGCCGAUACAACAAUUUUCUAUUGCCAAUGAUUUCUAUAGAAAUCACACGUUUGCUUCGAUUAUUUUAUCAAACGUAAAUCUAUACUCUUUGCAACGAAAACAUCAACGUUAUAGUGCCAACGUGGACCUUAAUAUUGGUUGCAGGGUUCUGGAUUAUAGCUACCUUAAUAUGCUGGACCUACUGGAGCAUACAAACAUCAAGGGCUUCAUUUCGUUGGAGGAAAGAAUAGAUUGCAAUAUUGUUGUCGAUGUGAUGCGUUUUAAUUUGGGUCCAGCAAUGAUGCAUACACUUCUGACGUCGGAGAAUCUGUACCGGCAGAUUUUGUGCAAGAAACAAUCAUAUGUUCCUAUUAUGACACGAUUUGUAGUAUGCAAUUGUACGCAAGUUCCGUUUCAUUUUGGCCAAACAACUUCCAACGAAUUAAUUAUUUUGAGACCCAACGAGUGUUCAUUCUAUGCGUUUCGAAGUGAUCAUCUAAAACAACAAUUGACUUUCACUUUUGAAAAUCAAUCGGGACGUGAAUCAUGUGUUUUGCGUGUUGAGAAUGAGGGAACGCAAUAUUUGAAAGUGGGGAAUUAUGUGAUUGUGGCGACUAUUGAGAAGCUUUCUUCCACACAAUUGUGUAUUUUCAUUAAGGGACAAAUAGAGCUUCUAUCAAUGUCAAAGGAGCACUUUGAAGUUCAAUACGCAGUUAAUGGUGCCAAAUAUUAUCUAGACUUGGGCUUGUAUGGUCAUGGUUCGUUCGUUGGAGAAUGCAAUAAGGGAUUGAAAUACUUUAUAAGAUUGAAAUUGAAAGAAGGAAAAGGAUGGUCUGGUGAAAUCCCUCUGUUAAGCAAGAAGGUUCCGUGGCUUGUUAAAGUUCCUUGUUCUACUGAACAGCAAUUUAUCAGUUUUUGGGUAAGAGUAAUUGAAGAGGAUAUAAACUCUUGUGUUUCAAAUACGUUCAAGCCAAAACGAUUAUUAUUGCUUGUAUGGCCGAUGUUUGUCAUGAAAUCACUUUUGCCUUCUGAUAUCCAAGUGACUGAUAUGAAAAAUAAUAAUUCCUAUACACUGCAAGGAAGAGGAGCAAUGGAAGAGUUAAGUAUUGCAGCAGCUAAUGAUACGGAACAUGAGUUUUAUCUAAGUAAAAAAUCUUUUUCUCCAGACAGUCAAGACGACAAGGUAGUUCUUACUUAUAAACACAUCGAUAGAAGUACUUUAUUCGAAACGGAAAGUAAAAAUAUAAGCAUAGAUGUUUAUGUGAAAAAUCUAAAGAAACCCAAGAGCUCAAAUGAACCGUACUCAAAUCACGAACAACUGCGUUCGAUGACGCUGCAGGGAGAUGUGAAAUGUAUCUAUCGAAACGUCCCUAGCCAUCAGUAUUCUUCGACUCUUAUGCUCGAAAUUCUUCCAUGGUGUUUGUUCGUGAAUUCCACCGGUCAAAUUAUAAAAACAACUAACAUUUCAAACGAUAAAAGUACUGUGAUAGAAAAUAACUGCAUAGCUGGUCUGUUCGCUGUCGAGGAUGCGUUCAAAAUAGAAGUUAGCUGCGGCACACAUUGGAUGGAAUCUCAUCCAAUUUUCGUAAAUGAAAACAGUUUCCGAAGAAAUUUGUCGAAAAAUAAACUUUUGUUGCCUGAGACGGGUAAUAUAACAUUCCAAAUACAUCAUGCUUGCAUUGUUUCGAGGUUUGUGCUGUCGUCUAAGCAGGAAAACAGUGUCCGAGUCAUAAAAUUAGCAGCGGCGUUUGUGAUAGUUAAUUUUUCCGAUAUCACAUUCGAUAUUGUUCCAUUUUCGUUUGAGGACAACCAGCGAGUUUCAGAAAAGCACAUAAAUGAGUUGUUAUCUAAUUCUCGAUUUAAAAUUCAGAAAUCAACAUCUACUGCCAGAUCCGAAGGAAUUCCGAUUGCAACAUUUGUUGAUGUAACUGAAAGGAACCCUCAAAAGUCAGUGAAUGUAUCGCUCAAACAUUUCAUUUGUGUAGUUGGAAAUCAGAAUGUUGGAGUAACUUUGCCGUUGCUCAUAACCAAACCUUUCAACAGAAAAUGCUUUAGUAUAGUCGAGGAAAAUAACGCGAUCCCCUUAUCGGCGUGCGUUAUAGAAAAAGACGGUCAAUAUGUGAUAUCUGUAUUUAACGAUAAGUCUCCAGCAUUGCAAAUGAACAAUUUCACAGAUUUGACUUUUUUCGUUGCCGGAACGAAAAGUCAAGAUAACGAUAAAUCAGUGAAAGUCAUGUCUGAAUUGAACGAAAAAGGAUUUGAAUGGCAUCAAAUAAUACGCGCAAAUUCUACGAUAUUUUAUACACCACCAGAAAUGUAUAUGAAUUUCCCUGAUGCGGAGAAUCUUCAGUGCAAUUUGUCUUUGGCAUUAUGUCUUAGCAGUAACCAAUCUGCAACAGGUAGCAAACAAAAUAUACGCUGGUCGAAACCACUUACGAUUGAGUCAAGCCGUGAAACGCUUUUAAAUAUUCCACUUCAUGGGGAUGUGAAAAUUUUAGUAUGUAAAAAACACAAGACUGUGAAAGUUUCUGUUUUUUAUAUAACACAGGGAAUGGAAUUCAGUGUAAAGGAGCUUCGCACGAGAUUAUCCGAUCAAGAUAAAACGCUGGCAAUUACCGAAUUCAAAAGGCAAGAUUCACUAGGAAAUCUCCGUAAAACAAAUCAACUACAAGUGGAUUAUCCAAAGAGCAGUAAUAUCUUAGAUAUUUCCUGCAAUAUUUGCAAUGCUCAAGAAACACCAAAUAGAAUGCCAAACAUAAAUGUAUUCCUCAAAGAGACAAGUGUCAGUGUAUUUUUUGAUUCGAAAAGCGAAGCCUAUGUAAAACACGAUAUGCUUUCAAUACAUCUUGAUGAUGUUGCCGCCAGGUUCGAUUCUGAACAGCGUUCGAUGUCUUUGAUCGUAUCAAAUGUGCAGUUAGAUAAUCAAUCGUACGCAUCUGGGAAUUAUGAUUUCCCCGUAAUUGUUUGUGCAGAAAAUGAAUAUACAAAAGAUGCAUCACUUCCCUCCACUUUCGCGCUGCAAGAAUACAUCGCACGAAUGAAAUCUCCCCUAUUGCAGCUUCGCGUCUUCUUUUACAAAGAGGAGUUGGAUGUCGAGAGGAUAUAUUGCAAAAUCAAUGCAAUACGUGCCUACAUCGAAGAUACAUAUGUGAACGAUCUAUUGGAUCAUUUAAUCGACUGUGAUCCCUCCAAUGCUGUGUAUAUCUAUGAAGAUCCACCAGAUGGUCGCACCAUCACUCCAGGAUAUGUAUCAAUACCUGAUUGUGUGGUGAACGCAGCUUUGUAUCUUUCUGGAACCUUGCAGCUCAGUUCGGUUAAAAUCGAACCAAUUAGUUUAAUGCUUUCGGUGCAUACAUGUGUCAGGUUAUAUAUAGCCUUAGAUCAUAGUCCGUUAUAUUUCUCGUCAUAUGAGAGGCAAAACAUUUUAACCCUUCCAUUGAAAUUUGGUCAUGCCGUUGGGAUGCAUUACCUAUCUGGAGCUAUUUUCGGAGCCGGAUGGGUCGUGGGUUCUCUUGAGAUCCUUGGAAGCCCAGGAGGUUUAGCCCGAUCUCUGAGUACGGGUUUGAAGGACUUUGUUUCGAUGCCUGUUCAGGGUUUGUUCCGUGGGCCGUGGGGCUUUCUGGCCGGGAUAACGCAAGGCUCUGCAUCACUGCUGCGAAAUAUUACAGCUGGCACUGUGAAUUCCGUAACAAAGUUAGCCGCAUCAGUUGCACGAAACUUGGACCGUUUAACCCUGGAUGAAGAACACUUCCAACGAACUGAAGCGCUUCGACGAUCUCGUCCUCAAGGUGUUACAGAAGGACUUACGCAGGGAUUAACAGGAUUAGGAAUUAGUUUGCUGGGUGCGUUAGGAGGUUUAGCCAGGCAUCCUCUUGAAGCGAAAUCAUCUGUACAGGUCGUAACAGGAGUUGCGAAAGGAAUCGUAGGAGCUUUCGCAAAGCCUAUUAGUGGUGCAGCAGAAUUAGUGGCUUUAACCGGACAGGGCAUGUUACAUACAGUUGGUUUCAAUACAAUGCCACAACAAAGAAACUUGACAUCAAACAAAAAUGUGAUUGCUUGCCCCGCAGAUUGCAAGCUCCCGUGGAAACAUUUGCCGCACUAUUCAAUGAUAUUAAUAAAUCAGCUGCUGUUUUAUCAUGAUGCCACAUUAGUUGGCACUGAUCAAUUGAAACGUGUAAUCAUUGCGUUGACGCCAGUUGCUUUCAUAAUUGUUGAAUACGAUAAGGAUUUUCCCGCUGAAAUCAUCCCAAUUGAACGAAUUGAAAUAUUCAUUGACGCAGCUGAUAAGACUUUAGUUGAAAUUGGUGUGUUACAUUCGGACGAUUAUGACGAGGAAGAGGAUUCUGUAUUUUUCAAUACCAGGAUGAUGUCCUUUCUACGCGAUUCAAGUGAUAAUUUACCUACGACUUCCGUACGGCCCCUAGAUGAACGCCUAAUGAAAAGUAAUAAUAUUGAGCGAAAGUAUAAAAUGAAACGAACUUUUUAUAUUAACGAGUCCAUAGCAUUGCAUUUGGCAUGUUAUUUAAACGUUAUAAAGAAUAGUGGUGACUUUCUAAAAUUUUCAGUAUAUCAUUGAAAAAAAAAUGGGUGUAGUAUUAAAACAUUUGAACUUUUAAA